GUAAAAUGGUGCUCCUACGUUCCUACUUGAACUCCUACUUGAUGUUCAUACUGAAAUCCAUCCCAAGUUAUAUUCGAGUGUUAAUAAUAGCCGUAUUACUGAUUUUUAUUUGGUUUCAUUUUAGCUAUAAUAGGCUUAACGAAUGGAAAAUCGAUUACAAUACAACUUUGCGUUUUGAGAGCACCAAUAGACAAAACGAACAUAGUGACAUGGAAUCAUCGCCCAUAAAAUAUUCUAAAUCACUCCAGAUAUGUCUUCUUAUUUCACCUAAAUUAAUUGGUUGGACAAACCUCUCAUUGGAAACCACUGAAGCCUUUCUGAAAGAAGAUAAAAAUGCAUUUGAAUUAAAGAUGAGAAAGGCAGGAUUGAAAAUUGGAGGAAUAUUUCAACCUAACGAGUGCCAAUCGCGACACAAAGUGGCCAUCAUUGUGCCAAUUCGAAACCGAAAAGAACAUUUAAUCGUUUUUAUGAGGUAUAUGCAUCCUUUUCUACAGCGACAACAACUCAAUUACGUCAUUAUCGUCGUCGAACAAUACAAGGAUUUGCCAUUCAACCGAGGAAUGCUCAUGAAUAUUGGCUAUAAAGAAGUUCAAUUAUUACCAGAGAAAUACGACUGCUUCAUCUUUCACGAUGUUGAUAUGUUACCAGAAAAUGACGGAAACCCAUACACAUGUCCGGAAAAAGGAAAACCUCGACAAAUGGCUUUCUCAAUGGACUAUUUUAAGAAUUACACGCCUGUUGCCUCUGGAUUUUUUGGAGCUGUUACCGCAUUAUCAGCUACAGAUUUCGAUAAAAUAAAUGGUUUCUCAAAUUCUUUCUGGGGGUGGGGUGGAGAAGACGAAGAUUUUUACCAUCGGGUAAUUUCACAAAACCUCUCUGUAGUUAGAACGUUUGGCGGUCAGCAAUCCAAUUUGGUUCGCUACAAGAUGCAGUCCCAUCGAAGGGCCGUACCAAACCCAGACAGACUGAAUGUGAUGAAAAAAGGUCUAGCGCGAUUGAAAACUGAUGGUCUAAUAAACCUAAAAUAUAGAAUACUUAAUCUAGAAUUCAAACCUCUUCACGUUCACGUUCUAGUUGAUUUGCUACCGGAAAAAAACCGAGAAAGACACACAUAAGAAAGUGUAUUCACACUCGAUUGUAAGAUUUAUGUGUGACAUUAAAA